AUGACACGGAUCAACAUAAAAUGGGGCCGUGAGAAGAAAUCCUUCAUCUUCAAUGACAGGAACCUCCCUGACAUCCGCCUGGGCGAGCUCCGCAAAUGCUGUCACGACUGGUCCAACGUUCCCCUAGGCGGGUUGACCUUGAUCUAUGGUGGUGCGACGAUGAAGGACGAUAAUGCGCCGUUGUCUUGUUUUGGAAUUAAGCCGAAUGGGCAGAUUACUAUGAUGGGAACCCGACCUACUAAAGCGGACAUCUCAACGUUGACGACCCACGGCGACCCCGAAGAAUAUGCCCUAAUCGUCAAGAUCCAACAAUCUCUCGAAAAGACCCUCGACCUCGUCGCAGAACACUUCCCCCGCUACGAGUCCGCCGUCCAAUCCUACAUCUCCUCCGCCACUUCAUCUCCACGUCCACCACCCCGCGGACAGGAGGCACCACCACCGCCACCCACCCGCAAACAACUGCAGGACGCACAUAUGCUGUUAUCAGAGACACUGAUGAAGUCACUGCUGCUCUUUGAUGGGGUGGUGUGUAAACAGGACUUUGAGGUUGCGAGGGCGACGAGACGGGAGGCUGUCAAGGAGACACAGAAGUUUUUGGACUCUGUGGAUGAUAUGAAUGCGCGAGUUAAGGAGUGUGACCGACAGCUCAAGCUGCAGCAACAGCAGCAACAGUAA